AUGGCCGAAACUUUCUCUUCCGUGCCCAAGGUUGAUUAUGCUCGGCUACAAGACAAGGCCACCCGACAAGAAGAACUGGAUAAACUUCAAAAUGCGAUAUUUGUUGUGGGGUUUUUGUACUUAACCAAUACAGGACUGGAGGGGUUGAUCCGCCACACCCAUGACCAACUGCCACAGCUAUUCAACCUCGCAGCAGAGGUCAAGGAGGAUUGUAACAUGAUUCAUUCCGCCUCAUUCCUUGGAUACACCCGUCUUGGCGCGGAAACGACGGCAUUGCAGACGGAUCUUCGCGAGCAAUUCGACUUUGGUACUCCGGGUAUGCCAACGUGGACGGAGCAACACCCGUUCUGGCAGAGGCUAGAGGGGUCCAACCAGUAUCCAAAGAGCCCGGGAGCUCAGAAUUUAGUGGAGGAAUAUAUCUCCCAGAUCGACAGACUAGCCCAGGACUUUGUGCAUCUGGUGGCAGAAUGUCUCUCCCUUCCUAUGGAUACAUUUGAUAACUUCAAAGGCAAAAUGAGUCGAUUGAAGUUUGUCAAAUAUCCUCCAUCGGCGCCGGACUCCCAGGGAGUCGGCCCCCACAAAGAUUCCGCCGGACUAUUCACUUUCCUGUCGCAGGACAAUACGGGUGGGCUUCAGGUCUUGAAUAAAAACGGGGAAUGGAUCGACGUGCCGCCAAUCGAAGGAAGUCUGGUAGUGAACAUUCAGCAGGGAUUUGAAGCCAUCACUGGAGGUGUUUGCGCAGCCACCACCCAUCGAGUUAUUGCACCGACCUCGCAAACUCGAUACAGUAUUCCCUUCUUCCUAGGUGUUCGGCUGGAUCUGACACUAUCCCAGCUGGAGGAGUCGGCAGCGCAUAUUGUCCAGCGCAUCCCAGCAUCUGACGAUCGGAAAAAGCGAGCUAUUGAUGUACCGAGCGAGUUUCUUUCGCCUCUUUAUUCGUGUUUUGGCGAAGCACAUCUGCGGAAUCGUAUCUUGAGCCAUCCGGACGUUGGGCGUCGUUGGUACCCCAAGCUAUUCGAACGAUAUUCGAAACAGACUUUGAGAUAA